UGGGUUGAGUGCGCUCACCCCACCCCUCCCCUCCUCAGGCCCCGGGCCCCCACCCCGCAGGGCCCAGCCCCAGCUCCAGCCCCAGCCCCAGCCGGGCCCGUCCCGUGCGGGCCCGUGCCGCCCCUUCAGCCGGCGACGCCCCGGGCCGCCCGCUUGCCCGCCACCAUGGAGCUGGAGGACGGUGUAGUGUACCAGGAGGAGCCCGGAGGCUCCGGGGCCGUGAUGUCGGAGCGGGUGUCCGGCCUGGCCGGCUCCAUCUACCGCGAGUUCGAGCGGCUGAUCGGGCGCUACGACGAGGAGGUGGUCAAGGAGCUGAUGCCACUGGUGGUGGCCGUGCUGGAGAACCUGGACUCGGUGUUCGCGCAGGACCAGGAGCACCAGGUGGAGCUGGAGCUGCUGCGGGACGACAACGAGCAGCUCAUCACCCAGUACGAGCGGGAGAAGGCGCUGCGCAAGCACGCCGAGGAGAAAUUCAUUGAAUUUGAAGACUCUCAAGAACAGGAAAAAAAGGAUCUACAGACCCGAGUGGAAUCUUUAGAAUCCCAAACAAGACAACUUGAACUCAAAGCAAAAAAUUAUGCUGACCAGAUUAGCAGACUUGAAGAAAGAGAAGCAGAACUGAAGAAGGAAUAUAAUGCAUUACAUCAAAGACACACCGAGAUGAUCCAUAAUUAUAUGGAACACUUAGAAAGAACAAAACUUCAUCAGCUCUCAGGGAGUGAUCAACUAGAGUCCACAGCUCAUAGUAGAAUUAGAAAAGAACGCCCUAUAUCACUAGGGAUUUUUCCAUUACCUGCUGGAGACGGAUUGCUUACACCUGAUACUCAGAAAGGUGGAGAGACCCCUGGAUCAGAGCAAUGGAAAUUUCAGGAAUUAAGUCAACCACGUUCUCAUACCAGCCUGAAGGAUGAACUUUCUGAUGUUAGCCAAGGAGGAUCUAAAGCUACCACUCCAGCAUCAACAGCUGCUUCAGAUGUGGCAACACUUCCUACUGAUACUCCCUUAAAGGAAGAUAAUGAAGGAUUUGUGAAGUUUGCAGAUACACCAAAUAAGUCGGAGAUAAGCAAGCAUAUUGAAAUACAGGUUGCACAAGAAACUAGAAAUGCGUCAACAGGCUCUGCUGAAAAUGAAGAGAAGUCAGAAGUUCAAGCAAUCAUUGAAUCUACGCCUGAGUUGGAUAUGGACAAAGACCUCAGUGGAUAUAAAGGCUCAAGCACUCCCACCAAAGGCAUAGAGAACAAAGCUUUUGAUCGCAAUACAGAAUCUCUCUUUGAAGAACUGUCUUCAGCUGGCUCAGGUCUAAUUGGAGAUGUGGAUGAAGGAGCAGAUUUACUAGGGGAAUAUUCUGACCAUAAUUUCUUUGGAAUGGGCCGUGAAGUUGAGAAUCUUAUAUUAGAAAAUACACAACUGUUGGAAACCAAAAAUGCUUUGAAUGUAGUGAAGAAUGACUUGAUAGCAAAAGUGGAUGAACUGACCUGUGAGAAAGAUGUGUUGCAAGGGGAACUGGAGGCUGUGAAACAAGCCAAACUGAAGCUGGAGGAAAAGAACAAAGAACUGGAGGAAGAGCUGCGGAAAGCUCGUGCAGAAGCUGAAGAUGCAAGGCAAAAAGCAAAAGAUGAUGAUGAUAGUGAUAUUCCCACAGCCCAGAGGAAGCGUUUUACUAGAGUAGAAAUGGCCCGUGUUCUAAUGGAGAGAAACCAGUAUAAAGAGAGAUUGAUGGAGCUUCAGGAAGCUGUUCGAUGGACAGAGAUGAUUCGAGCAUCAAGAGAAAACCCAGCCAUGCAGGAAAAAAAAAGGUCAAGCAUUUGGCAGUUUGUGCCAGCUCGUUUCAGCCGACUUUUCAGCUCCUCAAGUAAUACUACUAAGAAGCCCGAACCACCUGUUAAUCUGAAGUAUAAUGCACCCACCUCUCAUGUUACUCCUUCUGUUAAGAAAAGAAGCAGCACCUUAUCUCAACUCCCUGGCGAUAAGUCCAAAGCCUUUGAUUUCCUUAGUGAAGAAACUGAAGCUAGUUUAGCCUCUCGCAGAGAACAAAAGAGAGAACAGUAUCGUCAGGUAAAGGCACAUGUUCAGAAGGAAGACGGGAGAGUGCAAGCUUUUGGCUGGAGUCUGCCUCAAAAGUAUAGACAGGUAACCAAUGGUCAAGGGGAAAAUAAGAUGAAAAAUUUACCUGUGCCUGUCUAUCUCAGACCUCUAGAUGAAAAAGAUGCAUCAAUGAAGCUGUGGUGUGCUGUUGGCGUGAAUUUAUCUGGUGGGAAGACCAGAGACGGCGGCUCUGUUGUUGGAGCAAGUGUGUUUUACAAGGAUGUUGCUGGUCUGGAUGCAGAAGGCAGCCAACAGCGAAGUGCCUCUCAGAGCAGUUUAGACAAGCUGGACCAGGAACUUAAGGAGCAGCAGAAGGAGUUUAAAAAUCAAGAAGAAUUAUCCAGUCUAGUCUGGAUCUGUACCAGCACUCAUGCAGCUACAAAAGUUAUCAUUAUUGAUGCUAUUCAACCAGGCAACAUCCUAGACAGCUUCACUGUUUGCAACUCUCAUGUUCUGUGUAUAGCAAGUGUACCAGGAGCACGAGAAACAGACUACCCUGCGGGAGAAGAGCUUUCAGAAUCUGGACAGGUAGACAAAGCGUCUCUAUGUGGAAGCAUGACAAGCACUAGCUCGGCAGAGACAGACAGCCUAUUGGGAGGAAUCACGGUGGUUGGUUGUUCAGCAGAAGGUGUGACAGCAGCUGCCACUUCCCCUAGUACCAACGGUGCUUCACCAGUGAUGGAAAAACCACCAGAAAAGGAAGCAGAAAAUAGUGAGGUUGAUGAAAAUGUUCCAACAGCAGAAGAAGCAACUGAAGCCACAGAAGGCAAUGCAGGGUCAGCUGAAGACACCGUGGACAUCUCCCAAACCGGCGUGUACACAGAGCAUGUCUUUACAGAUCCUUUAGGAGUUCAAAUCCCAGAAGACCUCUCACCAGUGUAUCAAUCAAGUAGUGACUCAGAUGCAUAUAAAGAUCAAAUAUCAGUAUUGCCAAAUGAACAAGACCUGGUGAGAGAAGAAGCCCAGAAAAUGAGUAGUCUUUUACCAACUAUGUGGCUUGGCGCUCAGAAUGGCUGUUUGUAUGUCCAUUCAUCUGUAGCCCAGUGGAGGAAAUGUCUUCAUUCUAUUAAACUUAAAGAUUCGAUUCUCAGUAUUGUACAUGUGAAAGGAAUUGUGUUAGUGGCCCUGGCUGAUGGCACCCUUGCAAUCUUUCACAGAGGAGUUGACGGGCAGUGGGAUUUGUCAAACUAUCACCUGUUAGAUCUUGGACGGCCUCACCAUUCCAUCCGAUGCAUGACUGUGGUCCAUGACAAAGUCUGGUGUGGCUAUAGGAACAAAAUCUAUGUGGUUCAGCCAAAGGCCAUGAAAAUAGAGAAAUCAUUCGAUGCACAUCCCAGGAAGGAGAGCCAAGUGCGGCAGCUUGCGUGGGUGGGUGACGGUGUGUGGGUCUCCAUUCGCUUGGAUUCCACACUCCGUCUCUAUCAUGCACACACUUACCAGCAUCUGCAGGAUGUGGACAUUGAGCCUUAUGUAAGCAAAAUGUUAGGUACUGGAAAACUGGGCUUCUCUUUUGUGAGGAUCACAGCUCUUAUGGUGUCUUGCAAUCGUUUGUGGGUGGGGACAGGAAACGGUGUCAUUAUCUCCAUCCCAUUGACAGAAACCGUAAUCCUCCACCAGGGACGUUUACUGGGGCUGAGGGCAAAUAAAACCUCAGGAGCACCUGGAAAUCGCCCUGGAAGUGUGAUCCGUGUGUAUGGUGAUGAAAACAGCGAUAAAGUGACUCCAGGGACAUUUAUACCCUAUUGUUCAAUGGCACAUGCACAGCUUUGCUUCCAUGGACAUCGGGACGCUGUGAAGUUCUUUGUGGCAGUCCCAGGUCAAGUCGUCAGCCCACAAAGUGGCAGUAGUGGCACAGAUCUGGCAGGUGACAAAGCAGGGCCAUCUGCACAGGAGCCUGGCAGCCAGACGCCUUUGAAGUCUAUGCUCGUCAUCAGUGGAGGAGAGGGCUACAUUGACUUCCGGAUGGGUGAUGAAGGUGGAGAAUCAGAACUUCUUGGAGAGGAUCUUCCACUUGAACCUUCUGUUGCCAAAGCAGAAAGGAGUCACUUGAUCGUGUGGCAAGUGAUGUAUGGCAGUGAGUGAGCCCAUGGGACACCGGUGGACACGUAGACGCCGUCUCUUCUGCAUGGUUUCUUUUCCCUUUUCCUCUUUAUUUAAUGCUCUCUUCGUGAAAUAAGUUUCACCACAUAAUGUGUGAGCAUUUUUUUCCCUGUUAACUUUACAUUACAAAAUCUGUCUUAUCGUAACAAUACAGGAACUAGCCGUUUUACUGCACCAGUGUUAUAGGCAAUUUCAGUAUAUUAUGAACAAAUCAAGGAAUGUUUACUUUCUGCAAACUGGUGAAUUAUAGAAAGCAAUCCAGAUGUGGUAUAUUCUGCCACAGCUAAUGACACUUCGUUUGAUGGGGUCACUUUUUAGCUGUCACUAAUAAUGGAAUUAAUGGAAACACUUGAUAAAUGAAACUACAGUAGUAAAGUUUUCCCCAGUGUAUUAUAAAAUUGACACAAACUAAUAUCAGGUGGAUUAUCAGGAUUUAUCUAAAUGUCCCGAGAGGGCUAAAAGCUAACUGUAAAUUACUUUAAUUUUCACUUUCAAAUCUGACAAAUCUUGUUUAUAUGAUAUAUAAAACUUUGUUUUCAUCAGAUUUGGGGGGGUUUUAUAUUAAAGAAAUUAAGACUACACUAUUUAAAUAAAAGUUUCCUGUUUCUGACUUAUUAGAGCUCUAAAGUUUGUGAGGCCUGCUUCUCUGAAUAUUCUGACUUUUUGUGUUUUUUUGUGUUUUUUUUUUGUUUGUUUUUUUGAGACUAGUUUCACUCAUUUCAUACUGACAAGUUUGAAAGGUUUAUACUUACAAGGCUUAGAAGAUAGGUAUCAGCAAUGGGAGGAUUUUUUUUCUUUUAAAGGAAAUUGUGUUUUGGAUUCCUUGUACCAGCAGGUGGUGGUGGUUGGUUGAGUUUUCUUCCAUGUGAAAGAUUCACCUGUUUACCAGUUGUUGGACUGCUCUUUCCAGUUCCUAAGAGUAAAGCCGUAGUGGUGAUGGAGUGUGGCCUGACGGACUGAAUGAGGGAUUUGAUUAGAUGGUGUUUUCUCUUCUGUAUAAAACUACAGAAGAGCUAUACUUGAUAUUUUGUAUGUAAAUGACACAUUUGAGCUUUUAUGCCCUGUUGAAAUUGAAAUGCCAUCUUCAAAGAGGAAAACUACGAAGGGGAAGAAGACAAAGCCAAGACAAAGCCAAGAAGACCAAACCAAGAGUAAAAGUCGACGUGACAUCUUUUUACUCACAAUACCCAUUUAAAAAAUAGAGUCUAGGUCUGAUUGCCUUGUUUAAUUAUACUGCAGUUUUUUUCCUUCUCAACCUUCUUGAAAAUGUGUGAUUUACUGAUUACUUUAAGCAAAGCUAAAUAUAAAUUUAAGUGCUAUUUUAAAAAUAUAAACCUAUUGGAUAAAGACCUCUUAUCAGAAGGACUACUUCAAAGAAAAGAAAGCAAACACAGGUCUCAGAUUAUCUAAGCAUUCUUAAUUACCAGGGACUUUUUUUCUGAAUUGUCAUGCAAGAUAUUUGUAAAAAGUACAUGUAUCUUUUAAACAUAUACAUGAUUAGGCUAGAUUGUAAACUACAUCAGAUUUAAGGAGCUGGAGGAGGCCUUUGGAUCCAUUUGGCCAUGUGUGUCUAUAAGCACAUUAUGUACACAGUAAAAUUGCAGCCACUUUAAAUGGCUAGAAGAAAAAACUUUUGGUAAAAGCUGUUAAAAGGAUGUUUUUGCUUGAGCUAUGUACUUUUCUUUAGGACACUAAAACUCAGGCCACUUUUCCAUAACUUGUAAGCUAUGCUUUUAAUUCAUUUUAAAUUUGAGUCAUUUUUGGCAAUACCUUAAAAAACCCACAGUCUUAAACAUUUUGGGGAAUGUUGUUUAAAUUCACAAAAAGGAGACACCAAAGUGUUUGAAAAUUUUAAUAUCCAGAAGUAAACAUCCCAGAGUCAUACUCCAUUUGCUGUUCAAUCUUUUACAGUUUAUAUGGCCGAAUGUAAUUUAGGAAAUCAGGAGUUAAAGAUGAGAAAUGUUAACAAACAUGUUGUAAUUGUUCUUUUUAAACUUACUGGCUUUAACUUAAGGAAUGUGGGUGUGUCGUUAUUUUAUCUCAAACUGUCAGAUUGCCUGUGCCCCUGUUAAUUAACUUCAGGGGCACAGAGUUCAAAAUAACCUGUACAAUUUAUUUUAAGGGCUUGUCCUCAUGUUUGUAAUUUCAGUUAAGUAUUUUCCGCAUAUUGCUUUCUUUCCCCUUUGCCCCCAAUAACACGUUUAUAUUCUUGUAAUGUUCACUUUAGUCAAAGUGGCAACCUUUGGAAGAAAAGGCCAAAAUGCAAGCUUCUUUCAAGCAGCAAAGUGAUUGGUGUAAACUGCCCUUAGCUAGCACGUUAAGGGCAGAGAAGAGGAUUGAGUACCUCGGGUUGGUCUCCAUAUAAAAAACAUUUACUCCUGUUGGAAGGAAUAAGGGAUGCCUGAGAAUUUUCUCAUUUUGUUACGCUUGGGUUACGUGUGAGGUUGAACUGUGUAAAAUUGCUGAUGUUGGACCAUUGCUGAUCCACAGAAGUGGCAGUAUCAUACACAUCAACCAAACACUACUGUUUGCAAGUUAAAAUCCCUGUGAGGCGAAGGGAGAAUAUUCUCUAGGGAUUCAGCUUUUAAAGGUCUUCCUAGAUUUGAAAAUAGAUCCUUUAACAAUGGCUGCCUUAGAAACAAAACAAUUGUCUCAUAAUAUUAACCGGCCUAAAGAAUGUGUGUCGGGCAACUGCUAUGGAACUGAAUAUUUAUUUCCUUGUGAGUAUUAUGACCUUUACCAAAGGACUCAACCAGAUUUAGGGCACUUCUUAAUUGAUCAUGUUGAGAAAGGGACUCAUUGGUCCUAGUUUGUGACAUGGGAAGAGUGGAGAAGAGAGAAUUAAAUGUGGAAAUCAUAAAUGCUUUUCUAACAGGGUUACGCUGUUUUAUAACACAGAAUGUCUUUUUCUUUCUCUUUAAAAAAUUAAGUUUUUAUUAAUGUUGUCAUACAUUUCUCAAUAUUUGAAUAUAUUUUAACCAUUUUAUGUUCUGAAUUUGUUUUUUGUCCUAGACAUUUUAUCCCAAAUUUUACUUGCCUCUGUAAUCUGAAAAAUGGGUUCUAGGAUGUCCUACUUGCUGUCUCUUAGAGGCUGAGGCUUCAUUUCUAUGAGCAAAAAGCUUGUUUAGCAAUGUAGCUAUUUCAGUAUUUAUUUCUAUUAUGGAAUCCCUGGGGUUCGGAAUGUAACUUUGUACAUGAAAUAUAUAUAAAUAUGUAUAUGAAACAUG